AGGGUCUCUCCAGGGCAGCCAUGAAGUCCCUUGCUCUGCUCCUGUGCCUUGCUCAGCUCUGGGACUGCCACUUGGCCUCACCUAGCCCACUUCUGGGCUACAGGGAGCCGAACUGCGAUGACCCAGAAACUGAGCAAGUAGCUAAGGCAGCCGUGGACUACAUCAACGCACACGUUCUUCACGGCUACAAGCAUGUCCUGAACCAGAUUGACGAAGUCAAAGUGUGGUCUCCGGACCCCACGAGAGAGGUGUUUGAGCUUGAACUAGACACGCUGGAAACCAUCUGCCACGUCCUGGACCCCACCCCUGUGGCUAACUGCACCCCAAGGCAGCUGACGGAGCACGCUGUGGAAGGAGACUGUGAUUUCCAGGUGCUGAAACAAGGCGGCCAGUUUGUUGUGUUGUUUGCAAAAUGCGAUUCCAGUCCAGACUCUGCGGAGGACGUGCGCAAAGUGUGCCCACACUGCCCCCUGCUGGCCCCAUUUAACGACACCAAGGUGGUGCACGCUGUGGAAGCUGCGCUGGCUGCCUUCAACGCUCAGAGUAACGGCUCCUAUUACAAGAUUGUGGAAGUUUCCCGGGCUCAGCUUGUGCUUCUUCCACCUUCUGCCUACGUGGAGUUUGCAGUGGCUGCCACUGACUGUGUUGCUAAAGAGGUGACGGACCCAGCCAAGUGCAACCUGCUGGCAGAAAAGCAAUAUGGCUUCUGUAAGGCCACACUCACUGAGAAGGUUGGUGGGGAAGAUGUUGCAGUGACCUGCAUGGUGUUCCAAACACAGCCUGUGGUUCCACAGCCCCAGCCAGAUGGCACCAACGCGGCAGCUCCCACCCCUGCAGUAGACCCAGCUACAGCCGAGCCCUCUCCAGCUGGCCCACCAGUGGCUGCCGUGGUGGUGGGACCCUUGGUGUUGGCAGCUCCCCAAGGACCCCCACUGCACCGGGCGCACUAUGACCUGCGCCAUGCCUUCACAGGUGUGGUCUCAGUGGAAUCGGCCUCAGGAGAAGCAUUCCACCCAGUGAAACCCCCUGUGGUGGUGGGUCCUGGGCCCAGAGUCCACUCAUGCCCUGGGAGGAUCAGGUACUUUAAGGUCUAGGCUAGAUACAACUGUGGUUAUAAGGUUUGGCACAGAGAAUAUAGCCACCAUUUUGUCCAAGUCUG